CAACUAAGCGACAAUCACUGUGACAUGCAAUGUAUUAUUCUACAGCAUAGUAGGGUGAACAACAGUCAGGUAAAAUUGUCGCGGCAAACAUGGAGAGUAUGGUAGUGUCAUUAAUUAUCAGCAUCAUACUUUUAUCGCAACAUUGUGCUAGUCUUUCAGUAAAACAUUUCCAGAGAAGUCCUUUGGAUUGUGGAGACAUUGAUAUCGAACAUGAAAGUGGUAUAUAUAAGAUAUAUCCCCAGGGUUCAUUAGAAGGAUUUUAUGUAUAUUGUGAUAUGGACACAGAAGAUUUGAACGGAGCUUGGACUGUUUUUCAGCGUCGAAUCAAUGGUGAGGUUGAUUUUUAUAGAGAAUGGGCGGAUUAUGAAGAAGGAUUUGGGACAGUUAAGGGAGAACAUUGGCUUGGCAACGACAAACUUCAUAUUCUAACAUCACAAGGGAAUUAUGAACUGUUGAUAUCAAUGAAAGACUUUGAAAAUCAUAAUGGAUAUGCAAAAUAUAAGAACUUCAAAGUUGGGGAUGGAGUGUCAAAAUACAAGUUGACUUUCUCGAACUUUACAGGAAAUGUUGGUGACUCUUUUGCACAUCAUAACAAUAAGAUGUUUAGUACUAAAGAUCAGGAUCACGAUAACCAUGGAUCCAGCUGUGCUACUACGUUCAAAGGAGGCUGGUGGUACGGUAAAUGUCACAACUCUAACUUGAAUGGACGAUACCUUAACGGAACACACACCUCCUAUGCUGACGGGAUAGAAUGGGAAAGUUGGAAAGGCUCGUAUUACUCAUUGAAGACAAUCACAAUGAUGAUGCGUAGAAUAAAAUAAAACAAAACCAGGUGUUUUUUGUUGUUUUAAUUGAACUGUGUACAACAAACGGACAA